UUAUUUCUACCACAACAUCAUCAUUCAAUGAAAGUAUGCAAUUAAAUUUUCACCUCCUACUUUAAAUCAUUUCUCCUCUCUUUCAAUUUUCGCGUGCUUCUCUUCUCUGCGGCGGCGCCAUCUCCGUCGGUCGCCGUCGCAUCUCCCCAACUCUGCUCUGUCGGCUGUGAGCUUGUGCUGCUGCUCCGCCGCCUUCGCCUCCGACUCUCUCUGCUUGAGUGCUAGUGCCUCUCCCACUCUUUGCAUUCGCUUCGUCUCUCUUUCGCUUCUGCUUCUGGGAAUUCAUGAGCGCUGAAACUGUGUGCAUGAAUAUCCAAUUGGACAGAAAAUGAGAAGACAUUGUAGGCUUUGGUGGCCGAAGCAGCUCUUAACAGAUCAAGAGUUGCCUUCACCCUGCAGAGUUUUGUUGGGUUGGUUUGUCACCUGUUCUCCUUUGACUUUUGACAUUGUUGUGGCCUUUACUUGCAGUGAAGUCUUGCUUUCAAGUUCUAAUCCUAGUCUUGAGGAUAUCAUUCAUGAUACACAUGGGAGCAUGCCUACAAUGCUGGAGGAUAAAUCUGUCUUCUCUGUACUUGGUCUCUGCAUUGUGGACCCUACUAGUAAUGGCUUGAUUGCUGAAGCAGAAUAUGACAAAAGAAAAUUCUCUGAUUCUGGCAACAAUUUGGCAGAGGGAUGUACAAGUUUAUAUAAAAAAAAGAAUGAGUGUAGGAGCUGCAGUUCCCUCCAGCAUGAAUCAUUGAGGAAAAGUAGCCAAUCUUUUUUUGGAAAAAGUAAUUGGGUCCUGCUAAUGUUUGACUCUACUGAACAAAAUGAUGCAAGAAGUCGUGGGGUUCCAAGAUUGCACCACAUUCAUUGGAAUGGAGUAACUAUGUCGGACUAUGAUGUUCACGUCAUCGUUUAUGAAACACCCUCUUAUGGUGAUCAUCAUUUCUCAUUGGGCAAUUUAGGUUCAAAUGAGGAGGCAAAACCUUCCAUUAAGAAUCCCAAGUGGGUGAAUGAGCUUCAUAAAAAGCAGCAAUUCGUUGAAUUGGAGACAGUUAUUAUGGCAAUUAAUUGCACCACCGCUGCCAAAAGAAUUUUUGAAACUCUUGCAGUCCCAAGGAGAUCCUUGAGGCAGCUCUCCAUAUUUUCCAUGUUUUUAAUUAUCAUAGGGCAUCUGUUUUCCAAGUUUAUUGCUUCAUUUUCCACUGUGGUCUAUAUUUCUCUUCAGUUUUGCCAAGCACAUGUAAAGUACAAAUCAGAAUCAUGGAUGCAUAUGACUUUAGCAAACAUAUUCAGGACUGCAUGGAUAAAUAUCCAAAUAAAAUGUUGUCAGAUAUUAUAUUGGCCAAUCUUUCUUCAGGACAAAGAUCUCAGGUCACGAUCAUGUGUUGAAUAUGCAGAGAAAGCUGCAAUGCAUAGGCAUUCUAUGUGGUCAACUUUAUUUGUGGAUAUACUCCUGGGGAACUUGGUUGGAUGGCCACUGUUACAUAAUUCAGAAUCCAUUUGUUUGUCAAUUGUGAACUUCAUCCAUGGAUUUUCUACAUUUUUGCGAUCCGGGUGUGUUUGGUUAAUGGGGGACCCUGCAGGCUUCAAGUUGAAUGCUGAGUUGGCUAAUGUGCUGGGAAUUUUUUCUUUGAAUGCCAUCCAAAUAUGGUCAACACUUUGGAUAUUUGUGGGGUUCAUCACUAAUUAUAUCAUUCAAGGGCUUGCAAUUUUGGGAAUUAUAUGUGGUUUCACUGCUUUUGCUGCCAUGAUUAUAGACAUGAUUGUGUUGGCAACUUUACAUGUUUCAAUUCUUCAUCGGUUGAUUUCGCUUGUGUAUUCAUCACAGAUACAGGCACUAGCAGCCUUGUGGCGGAUUUUCAGUGGCCGAAAGUGGAAUCCUCUUCGUCAGAGGUUGGAUAGCUUUGACUACACUGUGAAGCAACAUAUUGUUGGAUCUCUUUUAUUUACACCACUUAUACUUCUUUUACCAACUACUUCGGUUUUCUAUAUAUUCUUUAGUAUCACAGAGACAACCAUUAACCUCAUCUGUGUAUUGAUUGAAGUCAUUAUUUCGGUAAUUCAUGCUACACCUUAUGUCAAGAUACUUCUUUGGUUGGUGAGACCACAGAGAUUCCCUUCUGGAAUAUGGUUUGAAAUUUGUGGUUCUCGAAGUAAUGUUUCUCCAGAGGAUGGUGUUACUGAUGAAAUGAACUCAUCCAAGGAAUCAGUGCAUCUGAAGGAUUUCAAUAGAAAAAAAUCAAGUAUCCUGGUUUCUUUCCUUCACAGCAACUAUUUGAGCAUAGGAAAAGUAAGUUUGCCACAUUACAGAAGUGUUUUGUUAGGGGUCUCUGGGUCAUCCAUCUACAAAGUAGCAUAUGGAAUCGUCAUUGGGAAAAGAAUGCAAUCUUUACGGGGAACCCUUCUUCCUUCGCCAAUGCCGUGGAUGUCCCUGCCUUACAAAGAGUAUUGGUGCCUCUGUCAUGACUCGCUUAUCGCAUGCUUCAGAUGAUGUCCUUUGAUGGGGAAAUUCUUUUGAUUGAGUUAUAUAAUUUUAGGGUGCAACUAGCUCAGUGGUUUAAUUCAACUAACUUUUCUCCCAUGAUACCUCAGCCUAACUCUCACUCAGCAUUCCAUGUGUCCCAACUCUUGCAAGCUCCGCAAUUUUCUUUUGCUUUCAUGAUACUGACAGGCUGGUGUGUGAUUUAGAAAAUAGCAUUUGGAAAAUUUUCAAUGGUUUUUUGCUUAUUUCUAAUGCCUUAGCAUGUGUGUUUCACUAUUAGUAUCAUGGAACGGAAAGGGAACCGCUCACUGCUACUCCUUUUGAAUUGAUCCAAAUUCAUUGCUCUCUAACCUCUGCAUUUUAAGUGGUCCUGUUAUAGUUGGGGACGAGGUACCUAGUUUAAAGGCUAUGCUAUACUCUGCUAUAAUGUGAUAAUGAAAAUAUCCGAAGCAAUUAUUGGUACAAAUUUUGUGAAGGGAUCUGUUUUCUGUUCCUGGUGUACUUAUGUCAGAGCGAAGCAGUAAAAAGCUGCCCAUAAA